AUGGAGAACUCGGGGCUCGAUGAUUAUGGCGAGAUGACGGAGAACUUCGUUGGACAUGAGGGAGUCCGUGAUGACCUAUACAUCGGAGAACUAACCGUCACGAAUCCCACCGGUCUAUUAUACCUCGCCGCCACCAGCCCUCCACGCACGCCAAACGUCAACGCAUGCGCGCCCAACAACGCGAAAUGGUCACGCCGUAGCUCCCACUCUCCCCCAGAAAAAGUCGCUCGCAGAAAGGGUCACCAUACGAGUCUUGAGGUGACGGUACGAGUGAAAGACGGGAGACUUCGGCGGUGA